CUAAGGGACACCACUUGAAGAUUGUACUUUAGUUCUCCUUUUCCAAAUUCUUGAAAUUAUACAUUUUAUUUUACUUUUAGUUUCUGCAAUUAUAAAAUAUGGGUUUGUCAAUUUCUAUCCCUAGAUUCAAUGCAAUAAUAAGUAAUAGCAUAUGACGGUAUGUUAUUCUACACAGUGUACUAGCAAUAAGAUGAGCAAAUAUUAUUUUCAAAAUCUAGGUUGCUUGGAUGAACUAGGAUUUUACAUUGCUAGGUUUAAGAUUGAUAUUACUUGUUGGCCUGUUGCUUUAUUAUAUUCAUAACUUGUGAAAUAUGUUGCUAAUUAGGUACAAUCGAUAUAUGGUAAACUAAGAAUUUGAUGCUAAGUUGUGAUAUUACUCCCUCCAUCGUUCUAUCUCUCUCUUUCCCUCAUCAAAUUGUUUCUCUGUUCCACUUCACUCUCGAUCCACUCCUUGGAAUGCAUGUCCAGGUCAAAAUGCUAGAAGCACUCCAGGACAUUGAAAUAGCUUCCAGAUUGGUGGGUUUUGACGUGGAUAUUGAUGAUCCUCUUGAUGCAAAGUAUAAGAAACUACGCUGUGAUAUGGCACCCCUACCACAUGAUAGUGAAGAUUAUCAAUUGAUUGAGAAGUAUCUUCUCACCACUCAUGCCCCCACACAUACGGAAUGGAGACUUGAACUGGAAGAAGUUUUCUCACUCGAGAGAGAAGGAGAACAUGAUAAAUUUGCUUCUCAGCGUGAGAAGCUUGGCAAUAGAAUGCUCCUGUGGCAUUGUUCCCGAUUGACAAAUUUUGUGGGUAUCCUUAGCCAAGGACUCAGAAUUGCUCCUCCUGAGGCUCCUGCUACCGGAUACAUGUUUGGCAAAGGGGUUUACUUUGCUGAUCUUGUCAGCAAGAGUGCACAAUAUUGCUACACUGACCGUAAAAAUCCUGUGGGCUUGAUGCUAUUGAGUGAAGUUGCUCUUGGGCAAGUCCAUGAGCUCAAAAAGGCACAGUACAUGGAAAAACCUCCAAGAGGAAAACACUCCACCAAAGGACUUGGCAAGAAGGUACCUGCUGAGACUUUUGUAAUUUACCAUCAAGCCUGACAUGUUUUUUCUGCU